GAGACGGAGCCUCUCAGAGCCGCUGCUAGCUGCGACUGGAGACGUAGAAGCAGUUACCUGUUGCGGGCCUUGACGGUCGUGCCCAACCCCUUGGAUUUCCCACGAUGUUCUUCUACCUGAGCAAGAAAAUUGCCAUUCCCAAUAAUGUGAAGCUGAAAUGUGUAUCCUGGAACAAGGACCAAGGGUUCAUAGCGUGUGGUGGUGAAGAUGGAUUACUGAAAGUUUUGAAAUUAGAGACACAGACAGAUGAUACAAAAUUGAGGGGACUUGCAGCCCCUAGUAACCUUUCUAUGAAUCAGACUCUUGAAGGUCAUAGUGGUUCUGUUCAAGUUGUAACAUGGAAUGAACAGUAUCAGAAGUUGACUUCAAGUGACCAAAAUGGGCUUAUCAUUGUAUGGAUGUUAUAUAAAGGCUCUUGGUAUGAGGAGAUGAUCAACAAUCGAAAUAAAUCAAUUCGAAGUAUGAGUUGGAAUUCUGACGGACAGAAGAUCUGCAUUGUAUACGAAGAUGGGGCUGUGAUAGUUGGUUCUGUGGAUGGGAAUCGUAUUUGGGGAAAAGACCUGAAGAGUGUACAGCUGUGCCAUGUAGCAUGGUCCGCAGAUAGUAAAAUCUUACUUUUUGGAAUGGCAAAUGGGGAAAUACACAUUUAUGAUAAUCAAGGGAAUUUUAUAAUGAAAAUGAAACUGAAUUGUUUGGUGAAUGUCACUGGAGCCAUAAGUAUUGCUGGAAUUCAUUGGUACCAUGGCACAGAAGGCUAUGUGGAGCCUGAUUGCCCUUGCCUUGCUAUUUGUUUUGAUAAUGGAAGAUGCCAAAUAAUGAGACAUGAGACUGACCAAAAUCCAGUUUUGAUUGAUACUGGCAUGUUUGUAGUAGGUAUACAGUGGAACCACAUUGGCAGCGUGUUAGCUGUGGCAGGUUCCCAGAAGGUGUUCAUGCAGGAUAAAGAUGUAAACACUGUGCAGUUUUACACUCCAUUUGGUGAGCACCUGGGUACUUUGAAAGUUCCUGGAAAGCAAAUGUCUGGACUGUCUUGGGAAGGAGGUGGACUGAAAAUUGCACUAGCUGUUGAUUCCUUUAUAUAUUUUGCAAAUAUUCGACCUAAUUAUAAGUGGGGUUAUUGCUCAAAUACUGUAGUUUAUGCAUAUACCAGACCUGAUCGUCCAGAGUACUGUGUUGUCUUUUGGGAUACAAAAAACAAUGAGAAAUACGUUAAAUAUGUGAAGAGUCUCAUUUCCAUUACUACCUGUGGUGAUUUCUGCAUUUUGGCUACAAAAGCUGAUGAGAAUCAUCCUCAGUUUGUGCUAGUUCUUUGUAAUUCUAUUGGCACACCUUUGGAUCCCAAAUACAUUGAUAUUGUACCGUUAUUUGUUGCAAUGACCAAAACCCACGUGAUAGCAGCUUCAAAAGAAGCAUUUUAUAUUUGGCAGUAUCGUGUGGCAAAGAAGCUCACAGCACUGGAAAUUAAUCAAAUCACACGGUCUCGAAAAGAAGGGAGAGAAAGAAUUUAUCAUGUUGAUGAUACUCCUUCUGGAGCAAUGGAUGGGAUGUUUGAUUAUAGUAGAGCUGUUCAAGGCACAAGGGAUCCAAUUUGUGCCAUAACUGCAUCUGAUAAGAUAUUGAUUGUGGGUCGUGAAUCAGGCACCAUUCAGAGAUACAGUCUUCCUAAUGUUGGUUUGAUUCAAAAAAUUUCCCUUGAUUGUCGAGCCUACCAGUUAUCCUUGAAUUGCAAUUCUAGUCGUCUUGCUAUCAUAGACAUCUCAGGAAUUCUAACUUUCUUUGACUUGGAUGCUCGAGUAACAGACAGUACAGGACAGCAAGUAAUUGGCGAGUUGUUAAAAUUGGAGCGAAAAGAUGUCUGGGAUAUGAAGUGGGCUAAGGAUAAUCCUGAUUUGUUUGCAAUGAUGGAGAAGACAAGAAUGUAUGUUUUCAGAAACUUGGAUCCUGAGGAACCCAUUCAGACUUCUGGAUAUAUUUGUAACUUUGAGGACUUAGAAAUUAAAUCUGUCCUUUUGGAUGAGAUAUUAAAGAAUCCAGAACAUCCAAACAAGGAUUAUCUGAUUAACUUUGAGAUUCGGUCCCUGAGAGAUAGUCGAGCCCUGAUUGAGAAGGUUGGAAUUGAAGAUGCGUCUCAAUUCAUAGAGGACAAUCCACACCCCCGCCUUUGGCGCCUAUUGGCUGAAGCAGCUCUUCAAAAACUGGACCUGUACACUGCAGAGCAAGCAUUUGUGCGCUGCAAAGAUUACCAAGGUAUUAAGUUUGUGAAGCGCCUGGGCAAUCUACAGAGUGAUUCAAUGAAGCAGGCUGAAGUUGUCACCUACUUUGGCAGGUUCGAAGAGGCUGAACGAAUGUAUCUUGAUAUGGACAGAAGAGAUCUUGCUAUUGGCCUCCGGAUGAAAUUGGGGGAUUGGUUUAGAGUACUUCAGCUCUUGAAAACUGGAUCUGGUGAUGCAGAUGACAGUCUCCUUGAACAGGCUCACAAUGCCAUUGGAGACUACUUUGCUGAUCGACAAAAGUGGUUGAAUGCUGUACAAUAUUAUGUGCAAGGUCGGAACCAGGAACACUUAGCUGAAUGUUAUUAUAUGCUAGAAGAUUAUGAAGGACUAGAAAAUCUUGCCAGCUCACUUCCAGAAAACCACAAGUUGCUUCCAGAAAUAGCACAAAUGUUUGUGAGAGUUGGAAUGUGCGAACAAGCAGUGACUGCAUUUUUGAAAUGUAAUCAACCAAAGGCAGCAGUAGAUACCUGUGUACAUCUCAACCAAUGGAACAAAGCUGUUGAAUUGGCUACAAAUCAUAGUAUGAAAGAAAUUGGAUCUCUGUUAGCUAGGUAUGCAUCUCACUUACUGGAAAAGAAUAAAAUUCUUGAUGCGAUAGAACUCUAUCGGAAAGCCAAUUACUUUUUUGAUGCUGCUAAACUCAUGUUUAAGAUUGCAGAUGAAGAGGCAAAGAAAAGAACUAAACCUUUACGUGUCAAGAAACUCUAUGUGCUGUCAGCUUUACUUAUAGAACAAUACCAUGAACAAAUGAAGAAUGCCCAACGAGGAAAAGUUAAAGGAAAGAGUUCAGAGGCUACUUCUGCUUUGGCUGGUUUGCUGGAAGAGGAAGUUCUGUCUACAACUAGUCGUUUCACAGAUAAUGCGUGGAGAGGGGCCGAGGCUUACCACUUCUUCAUACUUGCGCAGAGACAGCUGUAUGAGGGAUAUGUUGACACUGCAUUGAAGACAGCUCUUCACCUGAGGGACUAUGAAGACAUCAUCCCUGCCGUUGAGAUCUACUCUCUGUUAGCUCUCUGCGCAUGUGCCAGCAGAGCUUUUGGCACGUGUUCAAAAGCUUUUAUUAAGCUUGAAUCUUUAGACACCCUCAAUGCAGAGCAGAAACAGCAAUAUGAAGACCUUGCUCUAGAAAUCUUCACCAAACAUACUCCAAAAGAUAACAGAAAAUCUGAAUUGGAUAGCCUUUUGGAAGGUGGAGAAGGGAAACUGCCAACAUGCGUUGCCACAGGAAGCCCAAUUACUGAGUAUCAAUUCUGGAUGUGCAGUGUGUGCAAGCAUUGUGUUCUUGCUCAGGAAAUAAGUAACUACAACUUCUGUCCCUUAUGCCAUAGUUCAGUGGGAUGAAGGAAUGAUGAACUGUGUACAUGGUACAGUUGUAAAAUAAAGGUAGCAAAUAUACAUAACUGGAACUGUUUAUGUAAUAAGGUUGAGUUUUAUAAGCUUUAUAUGAAAAUCAAGUUCAUCAUCUUAUAGUUGUAUUUCUACACAAGUUAUAUGUUAAUAUAAUAAAGUUUUGUACAGAGAUUCAUCUGUGAAAUAAAGCUGUUUUCCAUAUAAAACUUAAUCAGAAUCAACCUAUUUUUUAUCUUUCUAUCUAUCUUUUAUCUAUCUUAUGGUUGGUUACAUGGUACCAUGGAAAUAUUCCAAAUAA